GGAAGCUGUACUGAGGUUCGAGUGCAGAAAGGGAGCCGUAGCCAACCAGAGGCCGGGGAAACGUGAGCGGCGGGCAGCCGGACCAAUCGAACAAGGAGAAACUCCACUGUAUCCAUUUUUUUGAAAGCGGUUGAGAGGUUGGGGAAAGCCUCCCGCAUCUUUGCUGCGGGUUGUCCAAAACGGGGGGAAAGGAGCCCCCCUCGGCUGGUUCUCGUCUGCCCCGUUUGCUGCUGGCUGUGAGCUUUGCUACUGGCGACCAUGAGCAAAGGUAUUCCUCCCCAUUGGUUUGAGGACUAUUAUGGGAUGGGGUUUCGGGAAGAAUUUGAUAUGGGAGGAGGGGGUCCCAAAUGGAGAGAGAUGGUGGGGAGUGGGGGGCAAAGUGUGCUUUGGAGAGCAGGCGAAGAUGGGAAGUGGGGAGGGGUCUGCCUUUUGAGGAGUGAAUUUUUAAAAGUGAACGGAAGCUAAGCUGCAGGAUGGGAGAUGGGAUUUUUGGUGCGUGGGUGGAAAAAUUCAAAUUGUCCUGGGGGUGGGGAGCAGGGGCACCUUACAAGCGGGAACCAUGGAGGGUGGUCCCCAGUUUUAGACGAUUAUUGCACUUCUGUAGGGAUCUAACAGCAAAAGGCGUGGGGCUUCCCCCCGGCCCUGAUUCUACCAGUUCUUCUGAUAUCUUCUGAGCUUUUACAGUGUGUAACUGUAAUGGAUAGUUGCUGAAGGGAGUUGAAUUAUACCAGUGUUUCUCAAACUUGGUUCCCCAGCUGUUGUUGAGGCUAUGUACAUUGUCCCUGCAUAAUCCAUAGCUAGCAGGACCAGUGGUCAAGGGGGUGGUGUUGGGAUGUGGUUGUUACCUGCAUCUAGGAUUAGUUGUCUAGCAGCAUGGCUUUUAAAAUUGAUUAAAUCUGCACUCUCAGUGUCAUUUAGCUGGGAGUAUGCCCCAGUGAAUUCAGUAGGACUUACUUGGAACAUGGUUAGGAUUUGUGCUGUAAGUUUGUGUAAAUAGCUACCUGACAGUUCUGAAGGGCCCUAUCUAAGGAGAGGCAUUCCUUUCUGAAUAUGAGAUAAUGCCUCUUCUAAAGGGGAACCCUCCCAUCCACGGCUUUCAUAAUUUUAAUUUAAAAAAAUCAAAAAGAAGUCUGCUGUUUAAUUAAUAUUGGAAGCACUUCCAAUAUAAAUAAAUAAAGGAAAAGGAUCUGAAUCGAUAAAUUGUGGAAGCUGCCGAAAUUAAGAUUUGUACGUAGAAUAAAAUAUAGUGUUUCGUUAAUUCACCCUUCUGAAAACUGUUGUUGUUGUUUUGGUAUUUUUUAAAUUUGCAUUUUCACAUACUGUACAACAAACAUUUGAAAGACAAAUAAAAAAACAGCAACAGCAGCUAGUUGCUUAAUUCUCAUGGAAGAAAGUGUAACAGGCAGCUUAAGGUUAACGCCAAUACAAAGAGAAUGCCUACACUGUGAAUUAAGGUCAUUAGUCCAGUAAAUUCCCCAAAGGUUUCCAUGAGUUUGAUGUGGUUGUCUGAUUUGAUAAUCACAUCAUCUUUAAGAGAUGAAUGGAUGCCAAGCAGUGUAGGAGGAUAAAAGAUCCAUUUUGCCACUGGCUGCUUUGAUCUGGCAUGUCAAUUUCCCAACCUGAGCAACUGACCAAACAUGUAUGUACCAAGAAUCAACAGACAAACCUGCUGCAGACCCCCAAGAUUUGGCUACUUCCAGAUGUGUAGCCACAAAUAAGAACAUUAGCAUCUCCCUCUAGAAAUUGUUUAAGGUUAGGAGUUCAGGUGAUGGGGGGCACUGUAAGGAAUGCAUAAUUAUGAGAUCACCUCAAAAAGGAUGCUGAAGAAUUGGAAAACGUUCAGAAAAGGGCACCCAAAAUGAUCAAGGAGAUGGAGCGACACAGGAAAGUACAGUACUUAUUUACACAGUGCAUAGUUAAACUAUGGAACUGAGGUACCUUGCAGAAAUGUUAGGAGGAUGUAAACCGUGAUACUGUGUGAUGGGAAAUCUGAAGGAAUAUGGAGUUGAGGCAGUUAUAUGUGUAAGGUUGCAGCCAUGGGCGAGUGUCUGAGGUCCCAGAUUUUGUAGCCCAACCACUUCCAAGGAAGCAAUUUGCUUCUGCUUAAAGAGGUAUAAGGAGCUAUUCUAUGACUGGAGCUAUUCCAUGACUAAGCCAUCACACAAAUACGUAGCUGUCAACUUUUCCAUUUUAUUGCGAGGAAUCCUAUUCGGAAUAAGGGAAUUUUGCUUAAAAAGGGGGGAACGUUGACAGCUAGGCACAAAUAAACUUGUGAUCCUACACACCAAGGAUCCUUCAACAUGGCACCCUCCAGGCCUUUUGGACUAGAACUCCCAUCAGCCACAGUCUGUAUGGCCAACAGUCAUCAAUAAUCUGAAUUGUAGUGCAAAACUGAACACAGUGAAUAUGCACAGAUAAAUGUCAAAUGUCUGAGGCUGCCUGUAUUUAUGACUUGGUUGUUUUGCAAUUAUUCUGUUUCCCUGCCACAAUAUUUUAGUCUAUAGGCUGUGGAGCAUGUUUAGGUACAGAGGCAGGGCAAAGAGUUAUUUGGCAGAUAAAGUGCAAAUGACAGCAGAACUCUCUGGGGAGGAGGGUUUCUACUUUGUAAGGGGUCUGGGGCUCCCUGUGGAAUAAGAAAAAAGCAGCUUUUUAAAAAACUAUCGUGGGGGUGCAUACAAUUGCAGGUUCUUGUGUGGCAUACAGAAAUUCAACAAGUCGCGUUUGUUGGUGUCAGUGCCUCUUCAAUGUCCUCCUGCAGCACCAUUAUUAAAGAAUCUGAAGUCCUAAUACAAAGGUGUGAGCUCUAGGGGUGAAGGGGGAAGCUGAGUGGUAGCAGGAGGUGGACUGUUUUGGGGGCGCCGGGGGAAAGCCAUGCUAUGGAUCAGGCGCUGUCAUAAAUAUCAGGAAGGAAUGGUAACUUGGGAAAGUCAUCCAGCGUUAUGUGUGUUUGAAGAGGCUGGAAACUAUAUCUGGGGGUCUGGAAGUGGGGUAGUUUAUGCUCAGUGCAUAUCAGGGCCGCUGUUUGGGGGGGCAUGUGCGGGAGGGGCGGAAAAUCAAAGGGAGAAAGGCUUUUGCGGGACUUGGGAUGAAUGGCGAUUUGGUCUGUGCCGGAGCUUGAAGGCUGCUUGCUGCCGGCAGACGGAAUCGGGGGCGGGGGUGGCUAAUCCGUGGGGUCGGAGAUGACCCCUGGCUGCUGAGCUGCCUGCAGCGGCUCCACCUGGUGGCCGGGAAGGAGCCUGGCCAGCCCUUUAAACAUGGCGGUGGUGGGAAGCGGGGCAGCGGCGGCGGCGGCGGCGGCUCCUCUUGCGCGCCGGGGGCUCCGGGCAUGAGCCGGCGCCGCGCUCUGACCGCCGCCUGUGCCCGGCCUCUUCCCGCCACCCGACCCCGCUCCACCCGCAGGCCGGAGGAGGAGGAGGAGGAAGAUGUCCCGACCCCGAGAGGGCAGAGCCGACGGCGGCGCGGAGGUGGUCGCCGAGAGCGCCGAGAAGCGGGGCGCCAGCCGGCCCAGGAUGAACGGGGUAAGCCGGGGGGAUCGCUGCUUCCCUUCCUCUCCCCCAGCCUCGGAUCUUCCCCCUGCCCUUUCCCCGCAGGGACACGCACGCUCGCUCGCUCUCUCCUGCCCCGCAGUUGCCGACAGGAGACGGCGAGGCUGCUCGGCCUCUCCAGCGCGCCCUGGGCGCAGCGCGGCGCCACCGAAGCGGGCGGAAAAGGCCUCUGGCGCCGCCCGGCGCGCCCGGCUCGUGGGCUCGGAAGCGCAGCCGGGGACGCCGCGCCGGGGGCUCCCCCCCCCCGGGUCACCCGCCCCCGCGAGGGCCUUUGCUGUGCGGCAGUCGGGGGCCGAGGGACUCCUCCUGCUGCUGCUGGCGGCGGGGCGCCGUCUGGGAUCCUCCCCGCCAAGUCGGAAGGUUGGAAAUGGCAACUCAAGAUCCUGUUUUGGAAAAGAGCCUUUUAAAGUAGGGUUCUCAGGAACUUUAAAAAUUAGUUGGGGCACAGAUCUGGAUGGUAGCCUUUUAUGGGCUCCCCCCCCCCCACGAAGAGUAUUUUAUACUCCAGAUUGUGUAUGCUGUCCACCCAGGGCAACUCUGAUCAAGCAGGCUGCAUCAAUCCCCAUUUUAUAGAUGAGGCCAGAAAGGAAUUGGGUAACCGAGGCCAGCAUUGCUGAGCAAGAAUUUGAGCUCCUUGCUCCAAGCUCAGAAAUACAGCACUAGGUCUUAACAUGAGUCAUUUUUCUUCCUUUCUCCUCACCCCCCUCUGCUUGCUGCUACUUUCAUUAUCACUACUGUUAUUGUUAUUUCUAAAGUGCUUCAAAAGCUAAAUGCUGUACAAAAUUAGACCUUUUCUCCAGGGAUAGAACUGUUGGUCCCUUGUACCAUUUUGAAAGUGUAAUAUUUACUUGGAAACAAAUCCCCACUGUUUUAGUGGGCAUUACUCCCUAAGGCAGGAGUUACCGCUGUGGUGUCCACAGAGGCUCCCCCUUCUAUUCUCCCUAGUAGAAUAGGAUAUGGUGUACACUUAGUUGUGUCUGGGUAGAGCCCUGAUAUUUUCCCCAGUUUGCAGAUUGUUAGUGUUACUAGAUUAUCACCUGCCCUUCACCAAAAGGUACCAGGGCAGGUCAGGAGCUAUAUAGCCCUGAAUGUGACAGAGAGGCUUGUUGCCUUCCUGCCUCAGUUGUAGGCUUCCUGGUUAGCCACUGGGAGUGGCAGGAUGCUGGACAGGAUUCGAUCUUUGGUUUGACCCAGCAGGGCUUUUCUUAUGUGCUCAGUCCUAUUCAUGACGUGGAAGAAAUUCACAUUGAGUCCAGUAGCAGUUACUGCCAUGUCAGUGUGCUAUGAUUGUAUGCAUGUGCACUGCCACUAAGAAUCCUAGUCAUGUUUCUCUCUUCACGUGUUGCGUCCUGAUAUUUUGUUGGGAAUUGUACACACUGUUGUAAACCUCAGCUUCAGGGGCUAGAAACUUGGUGAGUUCCCCACUCUGCCCGCCCACCCACCCCCAAAAGAAAGCUGGCGUUAUCCACCACAAUUCUAGAGUUGCAUUUUUAAGAAGCACAAAAAUAGGCCAAGAGAACCCAUGUGCCUGCAUACUAGAAUAUUUUGACUGUUUCAUUUUAGGAGAACAUAUUUACUUGCCAGUCCAAAAUCUAUACCUACAUGAGUCCAAACAAACCUCCUUCUGUACGACCUCCACUUCAAGAGGAAAACUCUGCCACACAUCAUGAGGCAAAAUGCCAGAGCAAAAUGGGGAAUGAAAGCUACAGAAAAGGAGACGGUAAGCAUGAGCUUUUGUUAUUAGCGACUUGGUUGGCAAUGGGGCCAAACCCAUUUCGAUCAAGGUGUGUGUGUGUGUGUUUGCACGCACAUGUAUGUUUCUUUUUAAAUUUGUUGCCUAGAUUUCACUCAGAGUGAAAACGCUUUUUCACAAGCACCAUAAGAGGUUUCUUACAGUAAUGUUGCAUCAUCUCUGUGGGCGCUGCAUCUUUCCCCUUCCCCACCCCAUGUUGUAUCCUCACAACAGCCGUGUGAGGUAGGUUAGGCUGAGACACAAGGAUGAGCCCAGAUCCAUCUGGAGAGCAGAGAUGUGAACACAGCUCAUCCCCCCCAGCCCAUCCACAUUCAACUUUUCAACAUCACACUGACUCUCAAGCUCUCUAGAGUCUAGACCAAGAGAGGCUAAGCCUUUUCAUUGCAAGGGCCACAUUGCUUAGUUGGAAAAAAAAAUGAGGGGGAAGGGGACCAGUACCUCCCCAACCCCAAGCCAACAUGUUUGGUGUUUACAGGGAGGAUUUGCAUAUCCUAGUAUCCAGGGCAUUCCUAAGGUGGAGGUAGAGACAUGGGGUGGUAUCCAGUGCUGGAUUACCCAUUAGGUAGGCUAAGUACAUGUUUGGGGCAUGAGAUGUUUUAUUAAAAUAAUGUGGCAUUUGAAGAAGCAUCACGGGAAAAUAUAGUCUCAUACUCUCCCCACGCGCCCCCCUCUUUUCUCUUCUCUUUUUAUUACUUAUUCCCACCUAAACCAGGGGUCAUCCUACAAACGUUAAUUUAACUAAUGCAAAGGAAUCAGAUCCUGUGUUGUAAUAAAUAUAUGUUUUAUUACUGAUAUAGUAUUCUGAGUUAUAUGUUCCUGAUUUGGUCUCAUCCCCCGUCCCCCGAUGAAUAUUGUGCAAUUUGGUUUCUUUGUUGUUUUUAUUUUGAAUUACAUACCAGGGAGGGUGCAAUAAUCAUUUCAGUCGUUAGGGCCUCUAAAGGUCUUAAUAUGUCCCAUGUUGUGUCCACUGUGGUGCUGAGUUGAGGUCACUUACAGACUGACUUGUUGCACUGGUGAAAAGUGUCUCCCCAGUGGAACGCUGUUGCGCUAGAGAAUGCCUAAGUAGGAUGCUGGCAAUAUCUGUGACAUAACAGACUGCGCAAUCUCUUGCACAAUGGGCUUCUGCUUGCACAAAAUGGUUGUGCUGGAUUUCUCACUUGCGCAAUGUUAAAUCCCAUCUGUCCACUAGCACUGGAUACAGCCCAGAGGUAACAUUCAGGUUUGUUGCUCUGCACACCUUUGCCUCUGGUCUCCUCUAUUCCUGGCAUGUGGCCUGAGGAAUGUUGCCCAGAUGGUAAUGUAGCCCUUGAGGCAAAAAGAGAGAGAAGAUUUCUGAGACGUGCGGUAGAGGAACCAAGGUUUGGGUGGGAAGCAGAGCUCACUGACUUCAGCACUCCCGUGUCCAUUCAGUUGUUGGACGGGUUUAGCCGUCAAACGCAUCUGUCUUAUCUCCACAGCCUUUUUCGCCUCCUGCGGGUUAGAAUAAUGUUUAAGCUGGAGCACUGUUUUGACAUGGAGCAAAGCAGAUGUGAGCCUCAUCUCCUUUCAUGUUGAUUUGCAUCCCCCCCCCCGGCCAUCAUUUGCAGACAGGCUAAAUAUUGGCAAUGCAGCCGACAACACUAUGAAAUCUGAGGACCAGAACAGCAAAGAGUGUGAAUCUCCAGCCUCCUUCUCUAGUCCCAAACCUGAAGCCCCACAGCCUCCAAAAGCCCUGCCUCCAGAGCCCGCUGAUGCAGCAAACAGAAAGGAAGCCCAGAAGAAAGGUAGCAAGACCAAACCUGGCUCCAAGAGAAAGUAAGUGUGGCUCCAAGGGUGGCUGUGGAAUGCAACUGAUAAGGCAGCUUUCAGGCUUACAGUCUGAAAGUCAUGACGCAAAAGGAAGAGCAGAGGUUGAGGGAGGAGUGGGGGAAAGCGAGCACUGCUCCUUAGUUUGGGAGUUCUUGUAAUAUCCAGCUGGAAUGGAAAAUAAUUUGAAGAGAGGAGGACCACAUGUUGCUGGUCUCUCAGCAGGGCUGAUGGCAAGACCCUGCAGUCCCGUUUUUCUUCCUUUCUUGUAGCCUGAUGGAAUGGCUUUUCUUGGCUUAAUAAAGCUGUCACUUUUUAAAUGGGGCUAAUGCCUGCUUAGGGACGCGGGUGGCGCUGUGGUCUAAACCACAGUCCCCACGACGGGGUAAGCUCCCGUUGCUCGGUCCCUGCUCCUGCCCAUCUAGCAGUUCAAAAACACAUCAAAGUGCAAGUAGAUAAAUAGGUACCACUCCGGCAGGAAGGUAAACGGCGUUUCCGUGUGCUGCUCUGGUUCGCCAGAAAUGGCUUAGUCAUGCUGGCCACAUGACCCGGAAGCUGGACGCCGGCUCCCUCGGCCAGUAAAGCGAGAUGAGCGCCGCAACCCCAGAGUGGGUCACAACUGGACCUAACAGUCUGGGUCCCUUUACCUUUUAAUGCCUGCUUAUUGUCAGUAGGUGCCAUUAGAGUGCAGUCUGUAAACAGUAAAAAAAUACUGUACAUGCAACUCCUGUUUUGGAUGCAUUCUGAGAGCACGCAACUGUGCUCACGAGCAUCACCACAAACCUCGAAGUGGCAGAAAAAGGGGGUGGGGUGGGUUUAUGCAUGCUCUGCCGACGCACAUGAUGACCCAGAAUGUAAUCCCUGUGCAAAACGAGGGUUGCCUGUACUCCCAGGCAUAGCAAUAAUGACACCUAGUGGGAAUAACCAAUUAUCAUAACGUGAAGAGGAUAAAAAGGACACACAAGAGGAAGAGGGGAAUCAUAGAGUUGUAGAGUUGGAAGGGACCUCAAGGGUCAUCUAGUCCAACCUCCUGCAACCUAGGAAUCACAGCUAAAUCACAGGAAAGAGGUAGGACAGUUAAAAAUUGAUCACAUAAACUGACUGUAUAAGCGGUGAUUUCAAUUGCAAGGUGAUUUUGGGUGUUGUUACGGUAUAAUGUAGGGCUUGAGGAUCUGUGGUUGCUGGAUGUUGUUGGACUCCCAACUUGCAUCAGCUGCAGCUGGCAUGGCCAAAGGUCAGAGGUGUUGGGAGUCCAGCAACCUCUGAAAAGCCACAGCCCCCCUCCCCCAUCUCCAAGCCAAAAGGAUGCAGAGCUUUGAGGGGACACUGAGCUCUUUCCCAAGCAGAAUGGGGAUGUGGCAACCUCAUAGGCGUACUCAGCACAGAGAUGCCUCACCCUGGGAGAGACGAGGCUGAUUUAAGGGGAGAGUGGGGGAGCCCCUGGGCGUUCAUGUGGCUUUCUCCAUCUCUCUCAGAGCCCAAGGGAAAACGCAGCAGAACCGAAAGGUCACAGAUUAUUACCCUGUUAGAAGAAGCUCCCGGAAGAGCAAAAAAGAAUUACAGGUACUGUCUUCUCUUGUAGUGCCUCUUAAAACAACUUUGCCAAACCCCAAACACCCCUUGGGGACAGAUACUCCACCAAGGAACUGUGAAAACUCUUACAAAGGGUACCAUGGGAAUGACUGCCCCAUCUGACAGCCCAGUUCCUUGUUUCUGGUUUUGUUUUCUUUUAAUUCCACUUGCUUAUUUAGUCACUUUUGAGGGCCAAGCAAAGCCUAGUAAAGCAACAUACAGAGAGAAACUUAAGGUAUACGUACAUACAGAUGCAUGGGAGGUGCUGAGUUAGAUCAUCAGCGUUCUCUUAAAGGCAAUAGUAGAAAAUUGUAUGGCCCUGGCAGUCAGCAGGAUUAAAUCCUUCGCUCACCAAUCCUGAUGGGGUUUGCUUUGCCAGCUCUGUCAGGCAGGAAGUGGCAGAGAAGACCCCUGCAGGGUCAAACUUUCCUCUCAUCCCCUGACAACCUGAGGGUUUAAUCCCACUCAGUUUUCCCAUGUGUGCUGGGGAUUUAAAUAACAGUGCUGUGCUUUGAAAUGUCAGCACUUUGAAGUCUCAGUUUGGCCUGUUGGGGGAGAAUCAGGAUCUGGCUUAAGGUUCCCCACUCCUCUACUGCACAUGUAACCGAAGCAAUUGCGUUACAUUACAUUGCACCUCUGUUGCAUGAGGGUUUUGAGGUAUUGGGGUUUGGGGGUUAUUUUUAAAGGUUUCUGUGGCCUUUCUGGAAGGGUGGCAUCAAGAGGAGGUCUAUGAACUAUUUGCUGCCCCCAAUGCUGUUGUUUCUAUGUGACAUUUUGGCUGUAGGGACUAGGGACCCUGUGGCCCUCCAGAGGUUGUUGGACUUCAACAGCCCUCAGCCCCAGGCAGCAUGGCCAGUGGCCCAAGCUGGAGGAAGUUGUUGUCCAUCAACCUUGGGACAUCAUAGGUUCUCCACCACAGACAUUCUAUGAGGCUUUGAGAAUCCUUUUGCCACUUCAUGCAUAUAACAAAGCCAAGACUUUUGCUUCAGUGUGUGUAUCGUAUUUAUAUUCCUGAACUUACACAAAAUAAGGGCUGUGGAAUGCUUAUAUGAAAUGGGAGAUUUUAUCAUUGUGCAGUAGCAAUCCUAUGUGCAUUUACAGGGAAACAAGUCUCGCUGUGAUCAGUUUGACUUCCCAAUAAGUGUGUGGUUGUGUGUUAGGAUUGCAGCCCAACUCUUUUGCUUAAGUGCUGUAUCCCUCAUCAUGUUUGCUUGGGAGCAAGCCUUCAGGAACUUUCUAAAUAGUAGCACUUAGGCAGUGAUCCUGUGCACACUUUGCAUGUCUACCCAGCAGUAGGCCCCAUGGAGCCCAGCAGUGCUUCCUCCCUAGAAAGUGUGCAUGGGAUCACAGCCCUAGGCUCAUUCUUAUAAAUGUAGUGUUUCCAAGUAGCAUUGCUAUGUUUCUUGAUCUCUUUUCAGAUAGAGGAGAAAAAACGGAUAGAUGACUUAAUAGAGAGCGGCAAAGAAGAUGGCAUGCAGGUAACGGCAACAGCAUCAUGGCACUGCGGCUGGCAGUGGUUGUCCUCCAAGGGCAGGCCUGGGCUGCCAGUGAACCUCCAGGUGAACUAUGGUUCCCAUCAGCCCCAGCUAGCAAGACCAGUGAGCAGGAGUGAUGAGGCUGUAGCCCAGCAGCUACUAAAAAGCUACAGGUUCCCCAUUCCUGCCUUGGGGCAGCCUUCCCCAACCCGUUUGGGUCACAACUCCCAUCAGUGCCAAGCAGCCCAGUUGCAAUCCCAGGAGCUCCUCCCAGUCCACCAGGUGCCAUUUUGGCAACGCUGGGAUUCUCCUGUGGAGAGUGAGUUAGCUAUUAGUAUACAGCAGGGGUACUGGGUAGGAUAUUUUUAAGGUAACCCCCCCCCAAGUGGGAGGUAUUUAUUUUUAGUUGUUUGUAGUAUUACAACAGAUUAUUGUAAUAUUGUAAUGUAAAUAUUUUUAAAGGGUUUUUUUGUUGUUGCCUUGACCAAAAUAAAGCAACUAACAAAUUUAAUAAAUUCAAAUAAUCAUAAUUCUGUCCUCCUCUGACCUCCAGUGAGGUAGCAGCUGCUCUGUGCUGGGUUCUGGCCGACUGCAACAAGAGAGCGGAAAUCGGGUGUGGCUGCAGCAACGGUCAGCCUUGGACUGAGUCCCACACAGAGGCAGCAGUUCUGUCCCAGCCACAAACUCUGCUUUCUGUUAAAGGGCCCCAGCCUGCUCCAGCAGCCUUUUACUCUAACAGGGCAGGGGAAGCUCUGGUUGCGCCGAGGGCUCUGUGGUGAAAUCUUCUGAGGACAGCAGGGCGAAGUCCUUGGCUUUUGGGGGGGCCUUCCCCGUGUGCAGUUCUGCUUCUGAUUCAGAGGCCCCACCAGCAGUGCAUAUUUAAAGCAGUGUUCCACCCCUUAAAUUUCCCUCAGAGAAUCCAGGGAAUGGUGGUUGAACAAGGCUGGGCCAAGACUUUUUGGCACCUGAGGCAAACCACAAAAUGGCAACACACCCUGCCAGGGAAGAGGGGGUGAAGAAGAUCUACAUCUGGAACGAAGGGGGAUGAAGAUCUACAUUGGGAAGGAAGGUGGGAGGAGACUGGCAGCACCCUCUAUUUGCCUCUUUGCCAUGGGGGGGGGGGUCCCGCCAAGGAGGUGGAAGUUCCAGCCUCCAAGGAGGGCACCGCAGCCAUUGCUGCCACUGUGGCAGCAGCAGCAGGCAAUGGGUUCCUUGGAGGCCGGAACUGCUGCCCUUGUGGCUCCUGCUGCCCAAGACAGUCGCCCCACCUUGCCUCAUGGGUGGGCCAGCCCUGGUCCUGAGAAUCAUUAGGAGACCCUCGUUCCCCUCACAGAGUUGCAGUUCCCAGAAUUCCCUAGGAAGAAAUACUGGCUGUUAAACCACUAUGAGAAUUUUAGCUCUGUGAGGGCAAACGGUGUGUGUGUGUGUGUGUGUGUGUGUGUGUGUCUGUGUCUCCUAAUAAUGCUCAGCACCCUUAACAAACUACAGCUCCCAGGAGUCUUUGGGUAAGCCAUGACUAUGUAAAACAGCAUCAUAGUGCUUUAAAUAUAUGGUGCUGUUAGGGCCAGAGUCCCUGGACCGCUUCUCCAAAAGAAAGGGAAAUCUGACCCCAAGGUAAUCAACUUGGUGCCCUUCAGAUGUCACUGGACUCCAGCUCCCAUCAGGCUUAGCUAGCACAGCCAGUGGCUGGGAAUGAUGGGAGUUGCAGUCCAGCAACAACUGGAGGGCAGCCGGUUCCCCACAGAGCUUUGGGGUGUUUGAUGUCUUAGGCAGUAAUCUAUUUUAGAAAUUUGGGAGGUCUCAGAAGCAGUUCAUAAUAUGUUAACAGGGAUCGGCUCCUCAAAGAUAGAACGGGGGAGAUCCCAGUGGAGACCCACAAGUCCAUAGCUACAGCUGCAGUCGUCCCUGGCCUGCGGGUAGGUUAACAUGUCUUCUUCUUCUCUGCAGAUUGACUUCAUUGCUGGUAAAGGGCGAGGGGUCAUUGCAACCAAGCAUUUUAAACGAGGGGAGUUUGUGGUUGAAUAUCACGGGGACCUCAUUGAGAUCACGGAUGCCAAGAAACGAGAAGCUGUAUAUGCCCAAGACCCUUCCACUGGCUGCUAUAUGUACUACUUCCAGUACUUGAGAAAAACAUACUGGUGAGCUCCACUCCUUCUGCGAAGAUGCAUCUUACAUCAGGGCUGGGGAGCCUGUGGACUUCAACUCCCAUCAGCCCCAGCCAGUAGGUCAGUGGUCAUGGAUGAUGAGAGUUGUAGUCCAACAACAUUGGGAAGGCCACAGAGUCCCUACCCCUAAUUUGGAGGGUGAGGUAAUGUUGCUUCAGACAGCUUCGCACUUGGGGUUUUCCUUGGCUUGGAGAUAUGGGGGCGGGUUCCUGAAGGAAAAUGGAAGGGGCAUAUUUCCCUCUUAUCCUGGCAAAAUAUUUACUGAGAAUCAGGCCAUGUUAGAGUAGUUUGGAAGCUUUUUCUGCCUAUGACUCCCAUGACACAGCCAGGAUGGGAGACAUGUGGUGCACCCGACGUUGUGGGACUCCAAUUCCCUUCAGCCCCAAAGGGCCAGGGCUGAUGGGUGUUGUGUUCUAAUGUCAUGCAGAAGGCUGCAGACUUUCCCACCAGUGUGCUAGAGCACUGGUUCUCAAAGGGUGAGGCAAGUGUGGUGGAAAGAUUCAAGGACAAUUUAAACAUUUAAACAUUUCACCAUAGUAUAGUAUAGUAUAGUAUAGUAUAGUAUAGUAUAGUAUAGUAUAGUAUAGUAAUAAUUUCUUUUGGAUACACAACCAGGAACAGUACUCACGCUUUUCUUCAAGAGCAUUGGCUACUCUACAGUUCUCCAUGACAUAUUGUUGUGAACAGGGAUUUUCAACUCUGACAAAUAUGGAAGAUCAGAAAAGAGAGAGGCUUCUUUAUGUUGAUGAAACGAGAGUCUGUUUGUCUCAAAUUACGACCUAAUAUAGAUGAGAUUACCUGGAAAAAGCAAACUUACACCUCUCAUUGUGUUUGUGUACAUACUUAAGGUACAUAUUUAAGAGGCUUGUUUAUAAUUAUUUCUGGGAAUGUUUCAUGUUCUUAUGUAGCUGCAUUGUUCUAUACUUUCUGGAUAUCCCAAGAUCACAGUAUAAAGUAGUUGUGUUCUAUGUAAUAAAUCAAGCACUGCUGGGAAUUUUCCUUUUCCUUUUCCAGUGUAUUUCUUAUCAAUAAAAAAAAACAGUGUGGCAUGAACAAAUUUUUAUUCUGAAACAAGUUUGAGAACCACUGGCCUAGAGCAGCUUUUCCCAACCUUGAACCAUCAGAGGUUGUUGGGCUACAACUCCCCUCAUUCCUAGCUAGCAGGGCGAGUGCUCAGGGAUGAUGGGAAUUGCAGUCCAACAACAUCUGGGGACCUAAGGCUUUGCUAGAGAAAUUGUGCCUUUCUUGAUUUAGCGUUCCUUCUCUUCUCUGCUCUAGUGUUGAUGCCACAAAAGAGACCCACCGUCUUGGAAGGCUGAUCAAUCACAGCAAAUGCGGCAACUGUCAGACAAAACUUCAUGACAUUGAUGGCACGCCCCACCUCAUUCUGGUCGCCUCCCGUGACAUUAAAGCCGGCGAAGAACUCUUGUACGAUUACGGAGACAGGAGCAAAGCUUCUCUUGAAGCCCACCCGUGGCUGAAACAUUAGCGCAACUUCCUGGAACGGACUUACCAAGAGGACUCUUGUUUACAGCUCUUGUGGUAGACCCCCUUCCUGAGUCUGCUCUGUAACGGUGAUUUGAGAUGGCCGCUGCAGGGUGGAAGUCUUCCAGCCCUACCCCAAGCAGACUUGAACCUGAAUUCCUGGUGAUUUUAAUACAUUAUGCUCAUCUGGAUUGCCUAAUCCUCACUUCCUCUACCCAUCUGCAUACGAACAGAAGAAAUAAUCAGUGAUUCCUGACUUGGGGUUUUGGGGACUGAAUUUUUACUGAUGAGAAAGCAGCUUUUACUAAGGUUUGUUCGUUUUGAAGUCGCAGUUUUGCUCGUGCGAGGGAAGGAGGGAGGGCGAGGAAAGGAUAAUAUUAGGAAAAUAAACGUCUGAGGAGUGUUGACCAUCUCAGGUGAAUGUCAGGGGCAGGGGAGAUACCUGUUUCCCCUUCCUCUUUGGCCACUGCUUCCGUGAAUGCCUUUUCCGGGGCACAUCAGACACUUCCGAACUUCAUCUGGGAUUCUCUCAAUUCACAGGUGGGUUCUGGUGCUAUUAACAGAAAUCAGAUCCCUGCAACCAUUGGGUCUAAUCUAGGCAGAGAUGUACUUGUCCCAGUAACCCUGGGGGCUGCAAAUGGGGAGGAGAGGAAGGAGAAGUUUUGUUGCACAAGCAGAACAGCUGCACUGGAUACAGUCCUGUUAGGUUGGCAACUAGAUGGGCAAAGGGGUUAUGUGAGGCUCUGCUAAAGGUGAGCAAAGCUUUCUCCUUUCCACAGUGACUGUCCCUGCAACCCUUCUGGCACUGAUUAUGCAGCUACUGCUUCUAGAUGUACCUUCCUGGCUAAAGGAAGUAAACUGGAGCGAGUUGGUUUGUCAUCACCUGCCUUGGACAACCAUUGACUAUAUGGUCUGCCACCCUUCUCUGAAGCCUGGGAUGGGGAGCAUGUGGUCCACUGGUGGACUACAACUCCCAUCAGCCCAACCCAAGCAAUGACCAAUGUUCAGGGAAGAUGGGAGUUGUAGUCCACUAACAUCCCGAGGGAGCCACUGGUCUCCCCUCCUGUCUUAAACCCAGCACAGAUAAGUAGUCAGAGAAGGGAAAAGCUCUUCCUGCGUUUUAGGCCCCAGUGAGCGGCCUCUUGCCACCUUGGGAUGGCCACACAACUGUCCUUGUUUGGCUUCCUGCCACCAAGUCCUCCAGUGCUGACAUAGGAUUUAGGGACCCAGCCUCUGUUUUUCUUUUUUAAAAGAGCUGUGAACUCCACUCCUGAGGUUGCUGGAUUAUUAUUUUAAAUUUAUUUUAAAUAAAGGGCGUUUGAUCCACGUAGAACUGUGAAGCCAACAUGUUAAUAAUUAACUGCACUUUCUCUCUGAUAGAAAAGAGGGAGAAGAAUAACUUGGAGAAAACUCGAUGCUUUUUAUAGAAUCAAUGGCCGACUUUUGCUUAAGGGGAUUUUUUUUAAAUGAAAGCUUCUUGGGACAAAGCUCUUUUUCAGCAAUCUGGCUGCUGGGAAGCAUCAAUCAGUUCUGGUGCGAACAUGAGAUUAUUUAUUUACUCUUGACUGCUCUGUGGGGACCAUGUCCCCAAACUUGGACUUCCUCUUCUCUCUCUCUGGGUGGGUGUACAUACACACACACACACACACACACGCAUGUAUGUGCACACACAUACAGGCACCCUUGGCACACCUCCGAUUAGAUCUAGUGGGAUUAAAUAGGUACUUGCAGUAUAUCUCUUAGGGCAAGGAUGGUGACCCUGUGACCCCCAGAUGUUGCUGGAAUCUAGUUUUCAUCACCCCAGAUCACUUGCCAUCUUUGCUGCCAUGGCUGGGAGGCAAAGUCCAGCAACAUCUGGGGCACAUCAGGUUUCCCACUCCUGAUUUUGGGUGUGCUCCUCAAGCUGGCACCAAGUGCUCUUGGACCUUGGCUGCAUCCGAGGCUCUGGGAGACAGUUGGGGUGUGUAUGUCCAUGAAUACUGUGACAUCCUGGUUGUAUGCUUGAGCAGCAAGUGGGGUGGGGUGGGGCAAAGGGAGAUGGGACCUGACUUGGUAAUGUAUUUUUAAAAGCUUAAAAAAGACACCUUGAAGAAAAUAGUAUUUCUCUGUAUAAGAAAAUAAAGUGAUGUAUUUAUU